CAUGAUGAAAGAGUAAUAAUAGUAGGGUGUCCUGUAAAGUGACAAAAAAGCACCUGAUACACAUAUAUUUCAAUUAUUGAAUGUUGAGCACAAGCAUCAAUUUCUGGUACCCAUAACUUGAGACAGUGUUCAUGUUGAAUGAGUGAUAUCACUAAUCACAUACCAACAAGAUGAAAACGCUAGAGAGGCAAAUAAGAGUUGUGAUGAUAUUGCUUUGCUGCGUUCAUUUUCAUGUCCAAAGCUGUGAUGAAGUUGAAGAUGGAAUCAGCAGAUCUCACUUUCCAGAAGGCUUCCUCUUUGGAACAAGCACUUCCUCUUACCAGUGGUUCUUUUCCCUCUUCAAAUAUUGAAAAUGGUGUUUCUGUUAAUGGAAUUUUCUGAAACGACAACAACAGAUUGAAGGGGCACCCUUUGAAGAUCGUAAAGGUUUGAGUAACUGGGAUGUUUUUACCCAUAUACCAGGAAGACAUUGAGUUGAUGUCGUCUCUUGGGGUAGAUGUAUAUCGAUUCUCUAUCUCAUGGACGAGGAUUCUACCUAGAGGCAUAUAUGGGGACAUAAAUCCAAGUGGGAUAAUGUUUUACAACAAGAUAAUAGACAAUCUGCUACUUAAAGGGAUUGAGCCUUUUGUGACAAUAAAUCAUCAUGACCUGCCACAAGAACUGGAAGAAAGAUACGGUGGUUGGCUUAGUCCCUUAAUACAGAGAGAUUUUGUUCAUUUUGCUGAAAUCUGUUUCAAGAGCUUUGGAGGCAGGGUUAAAUAUUGGACCACCAUCAAUGAGCCAAGCCUGGUUACAAUCAAUGCUUAUAUGAAAGGAACAUAUCCCCCUGGUCACUGUUCUCCACCCUUUGGAAAUUGUUCUGCUGGUAACUCUGAUAUUGAGCCUCUCAUUGUCAUGCACAAUAGGUUGCUGUCACAUGCCAAGGCUGUUGAAUUAUACCGCAAACACUUUCAGGCAAAGCAAGGUGGAACCAUUGGCAUUGUUGCACACACCUUCAUGUAUGAACCAUUUAGAAAUGAAGAAUGUGAUAGACAAGCUGUGAAAAGGGCCUUGGCUUUUGUCAUAAGCUGGGUCUUAGAUCCCCUGGUUUUUGGUAAGUACCCAGAUGAGAUGCACUCUAUCCUUGGAAAUCAGUUGCCAGUGUUCUCUCCUGAGGAUAAUAGACUCAUAAAAGGCAGCAUAGACUUCAUUGGCAUCAAUCACUAUGGUUCUCUCUAUGCCAAAGAUUGUUCCCUCUCAGCUUGUUCUCAGGGAGCUGAUCAUCCAAUAACAGGUUUUGUAGAAACAACUGGAAUCAGAGAUGGUAUUCCAAUUGGUGAACAGACAGGAAUGCCACCAUUCUUUGUGGUUCCAACGGGCAUGGAGAAAAUUGUUGACUACAUUAAGAUAAGAUACUAUAAUAUACCCAUGUACAUUACAGAAAAUGGAUAUUGUUCACCACUCAAACAGAAUGUGACAAUAGAUUAUCUAUUACAAGAUUUCAAACGAAUAGAUUAUCAUAAAGCCUAUCUCGCAGCUCUGCUCAGAGCCAUAAGAAAAGGUGCAGAUGUAAGAGGAUACAUGAUAUGGUCAUUGAUGGACAACUUUGAAUGGGCAAGAGGGUAUGACAUGAGAUUUGGGCUUUAUUAUGUGAAUAGAAACACUCUUGAACGAAUUCCAAAACUUUCUGUUCAAUGGUUUUCUAGUUUCCUCAACAACACUAUCAACACAAACACAAGAGAAGAUUUGAGAUUUGAAGAUGCAACAUCUUAGAGGCAAAGAUGUGAGAAAUGUUGAUUUAUAUUGUAUUUGAACUGCGUCGGCAAUUUGGAUUAAAAUUCAUCGAUCAUGAAUAUGAUCCAUUUAUUGUUUCAUUUGGAAUCUGUCAAACAUAGUAGAAAAGUUAUAUAUUUAAGUAUUUAUCU